CAAAGCAAGCGAGAUGUCCCUGUGGGGAGCAGUCCCUCUGCACCCCAGAGUGAGGAGGACACAGGGGUCUGAGGUGGUCGCAGGACAAGCAGAGGAGGCACCAGUGAAAGGUGCAGGGCUGGUGGCCUGGGACAGUUAGGGAAGAAGGUCAGCUGGUGACGAGAGAGCCCGGAGGCGUCCCUUGAGCGAGCACCGUGCCGGAAAGACUUCAGCCAUGCCUCACAACUCUGACAGCAGUGACUCCAGCUUCAGUCGCUCUCCUCCCCCUGGCAAGCAGGACUCAUCUGAUGAUGUGAGAAAAGUUCAGAGAAGAGAGAAAAAUCGCAUUGCUGCCCAGAAAAGCCGACAGAGACAGACUCAGAAAGCUGACACUUUGCACUUGGAGAGCGAAGACCUGGAGAAACAGAACGCAGCCCUGCGCAAGGAGAUCAAGCAGCUCACGGAGGAGCUGAAGUACUUUACGUCGGUGCUGAGCAGCCAUGAGCCCCUGUGCUCUGUGCUGGCCUCCAGCACCCCGUCGCCCCCCGAGGUGGUGUACAGCGCCCAUGCCUUCCACCAGCCCCAUGUCGGUUCCCCACGCUUCCAGCCCUGAGCUUCUGGGCAAGGAGAGCACACAGCCCCCACCCCUGCCGCUCCUGCAGCCUUGGGAGCGCGCACAGACUGUGGCCGGACUGCCCCGUCUUCAUCUAGAGACCUGGCAGCAGAGACCUCGACGAGGAUUGAGUUCAAGGACAGUACCAGGCAAUGGGCCUGAGGCUCCGGUAUCGUGGAGCCAACCAGGGCGUGCUGGACACCCAUGUCGGUGGAGCUGCAAACAGGAGUCACACACCGUGCCGAGUGACCCAGCACAGAGGGAGAAGACGAAGGCUGGCUUAUUUUUCUAAAUAAAUACUAUAAAAGAAACCAGUGUCCCUUUAUUACCCGAAUCCAGGACACUCUACAUUCUGUGGGGUGGGAACUUCUAUUUGUCCUUGGCCUCAGUUACCCACUAAUGAGCUCAACUGACUCUGCUAAUAUUUUCCCUUCUUUUUCUUAUUUCGUUCAUGUAUUUGGGAAGCUGAGCUUUUUUUUUUUUUGGCCCCUGAAGUACCUUUAACCCUCCCUUUGGGCAUCUUCUUGAUUUUCCUGCUCAGAUCUGCUUACUGUGAGCCCUCACCUUCCAUCCCUCGUGGUCGAGUGCCCU